AUGGCAUCACAUGCAGACUUCAAGGACCGCCAGUUUCUCGCCGUAAUUGGCGAUGAGGACUCUGUUACAGGGUUGCUUCUCGCUGGCAUCGGGCAUGUCACCACCGGUGGCGACGGCCAGAAGAACUUCCUAGUUGUCGACAACAAGACCGAUACGCAAGCCAUCGAAUCCGCCUUCGAACGAUUUACCGAGGAGCGUAAGGAUGUUGGCAUUGUUUUGAUCAACCAACAUAUUGCCGACCGUAUACGUCAUCGCAUCGAUACCUACACCGCGGCUUUUCCAACAAUUCUUGAGAUUCCUAGCAAAGACCACCCAUACGACCCAGAGAAGGAUAGCGUAUUGAGACGUGUGCGUCGUCUCUUUGGGGAGUAG